UAAGCUACUGGACGACAAAGCGAAAGACAGCGAGAACCGAGGCAGAGGCUCGGGUGAGACUAGGACUGAGAGCGGAGGAGCUGGUUGUGGUUAACCCUAACCAGAGAACAAGGCAUGGCAAUGACGUUGGAUACCGUUUAUUUCCUGGGCCGGCUUCAGGCCCACUACUGACCCAAGAUGAUUACCCACAGAUACGGGGAGCAUUCACCAACUAUAACGUGUGGAUCACGCCGUAUAAUAAGUCCGAGGUUUGGACUAGCGGUUUGUACGCCGAUCGUAGCCAAGGCGACGACACAUUAGCCGUAUGGUCUCAAAGGAAUAGAGAAAUAGAGAACAAAGAUAUAGUCAUGUGGUACACCGUUGGAUUCCACCAUGUCCCAUGCCAAGAGGAUUUUCCGACGAUGCCUACUUUAUCCAGUGGCUUUGAACUCCGGCCGGCCAAUUUUUUCGAGCAAAAUCCUGUCCUCAAGACUAAACCCUUUAAACUCACUACUACUCCAAAGUGUACUCCCAAGACCGAUUCAUAA